AUGAAAGUUCUCGUAUUAGGUGCAAGUGGUUUCAUAGGAAACGCAGUGACCUUAGCUUUUGUUCGUGCUGGUCAUAUUGUUUAUGGACAAACCAGGGAUCCGGCAGUAGGAAAGGAAUUAUCAAAAGAAGAAGUCAUCCCUAUACUUUGUGAUCCUUAUACGGACGAAGGGAAAGACGUUUAUGCUCCCAUCGCAAAACAAGUCGAUGUGUUUGUAGAUUGCCUUAAAUCCGGUGGUGCGGACAAAGCUUUAGGAACACUCAACCAUUUUCUUUCUUUAGUACAAUCUCGUCCUAAAGCAGGUCCUAAACCUACUUAUAUCUAUUGCGGUGGAUUAUGGUCUUGGUCACGAGGUUCUGGAGGUUUAGAAUCUUGGACAGAUGAAAGACAACCUAGAUCGGGUUAUAAUCCAGCAGUAGCUUGGAGAGAAAAAGUUGAAGAACCUUUGUUACUUGACGAAAGGAUAUACGGGACAGUCAUAAGAGCUAGCAUGUUAUAUGGCAGAAGUGGCUCUCAUGUUGGUAGAAACAUAUUCGAAGUGGCUUUUCAAGCUGCUACCAAUGGAAAUGGUGUGUUUGAAACUCUUGGAAAAGAGGAUACUCGAUUACAAACUAUUCAUGCGGAUGAUUUAGCCGAGUUGUUCGUACGUGUGGGUGAAAGAGGCCCAAUCUGUCGCGGUCAGACUUUCCUAGGUGCAAACCCUCAAUCUGAAUCAUUGCUCGACCUCUUGAACGCAGUCACCAGGGUAUCUGGAUGUAAAGGGUACAAAUUGUCAGGUCCUAAGACGCCCUACGACGAUUGCUGGGUUUCUACACUCAACCUUCGUCCCAGUCUUGGUUACGCUCUGACCGGUUGGCAACCCCGAAAAAUGAGUUUGGUGGAUAGUAUGGACACUUUGUGGACUGCUUAUUUAGCUCAUAGAGAGUGA